CAUUAUAAAUCAUAUGGCCAUCAUCACAGAAUAAAAUAAAUAAGAAUCCAAAUAAAAAGAAUAAAGAAGAAUCACACUAAGAUGCUUAAAACCCUUUUUUGUCUUGCUUUCUUGUCGUCAUGUUUUCUUCUACAAGCUAAGAUAAUCGAUGGAACCUCGAUUGGUGCCAUUUUUGACCAAACGUCAAGGCCUGGAAAAGAAGCGAAAGUGGCAAUUGAGAUAGCGAUUCAAGAUUUCAACAUCAAAACCAAUCAGACUUCGGUUUUAUAUCUUCAAAACUCACGAAACAAGCCUGGUCAAGCAGCCAUUGCAGCGAAACACCUUAUUGAUGAACACAAAGUGAAAGCCAUUUUAGGAGGUCAUACAUGGGAAGAAGCUUCUGCCAUAGCCGAGGUUAUCAGCGACUGUAAUCACGAUUUCCCGGUGUUUCUCUCCCUCGCUGGAACAGCUCCACCACAGGUCCCACAUCAAUGGCCUUUUUUUGUUCAAGCCGUUCCUACAGAAUCCACUCAGAUGAAAGCGGUUGCUGCUGUUCUACAGUCAUUGGGGAUGCGAAAAGUGACUCUCAUAUACGAAACCUUGCCUCUAGCCUCCUCAUCGGCGUCGAUCAUCUCUCAUCUCUCUCAGGCAUUUCGUCAAACAGGUUCCGAGCUGAUUCAUAUCUUACCACUCGCAUCUGGUUCAUCUUUCUUAGAUGAAGAGCUUGACGUGCUGAAGAGACAACAACGUAAAGUCUUUGUGAUUCAUACGUCUAUGGAACUUGGGAUUCGUCUCUUUCAGACAGCCAAGAAGAUGGAGAUGACGGGAGAUGGGUAUCUAUGGAUCGCGACUAAUGGAAUCACGGAUCUUUUUCAUUCCAUUAACUCCACCAUGAUUACGUCACUAAAAGGUAUGGUCGGAGUCAAAAGCUACUUCCCUGAAAACACGCCGGAGUUUCAAGAUUUCAGAAAAAAGUUCCGUCACAAGUUCCGUUCCGAUUACCCAGAAGAAGAAAAGGACGAACCUGGAAUCUUUGCCGUGCAAGGAUAUAACGCGGUGGAAUUACUGGAAAAAAACUCACCUGAGAACUUCGGUCACUGGAGGUCAAUUCCGGCGACUACAGUGGAGAUUGUUAACGUCAUCGGAAAGGGUUAUCACUCUGUGUACUGGACCGAAGGAUCAGGGUUUUCAGAGACGAUUGAAGAGGAUAUCAAUGGCGCAACUACUUACACUCAUUCUAUCGAUAAUGUUGGACAAGCUCUAUGGCCGGGUCAACCAUGGUAUGCUAACAGUCGUCGCCGGAAUCUUGCAGAAAGUUCAGAGAAUCGGAUACGGGUUGGUGUUCCUGGUCGAUCUCUAUUUAACCAAUUCGUGAAAGUGGAUGUUAAUACGGGUGAUAUCACUGGAUUCGUAGUCUCUGUGUUUGAGGAAGUGAUGAGAAAGAUGAAUCAGUCAUUUGAUUAUAUUCCAUUCUAUGGCUCUUAUGAUCAAUUGAUCCAACAAAUACCUAACAAGAAUUUUGAUGCAAUAGCGGGUGAUGUAACGAUUCUGUCAGAUAGACACGAGUUUGUUGACUUCACACAACCCUACACCGAAUCCGGUUUGGAGAUGAUUGUACCUGUUAGAUCAAGAGUAUCAAACCAGGCAUGGUUGUUCCUCAAGCCUUUCACACCAACAAUGUGGUGGUUAAUAGCAGGAAUCACCCUUUACAAUGGCUUCAUCAUUUGGUUGAUCGAAAAGAACUAUGUUAAGGAUCUCCGCGGCUCUAUUAUAAACCAAGUUGGAGUCAUCAUUUGGCUUUCAUUCAGCACUCUCUUCACUUUGCGCGGUGACAAGCUACAUAGCAAUUUAUCAAGAAUGGCUGCUGUGGUUUGGCUUUUCGUGGCGCUAAUCAUCACACAGAGCUACACGGCUAGCUUAGCCAGCAUGCUCACGGCUGAACGGCUGGAACCAACAAUAUCCAGUGUUGAGAUGCUGAGAAACAUGAAUGCAACCGUUGGAUACUGCAAUGGGUCUUUUGUAGAUAGAUAUCUGACGGGGGUUCUAGGUUUUCCAAACGUCAAAACCAACAGCUAUAACUCAACCCAUCAAUAUGCGGAGGCACUAAACAGCGGCGAAAUUGCAGCCAUCUUUCUUGAAGUUCCAGCAACCAAAGUCUUCCUAGCUCAGUACUGUAGGAGCUUUAUUAGAACCGGAGAGACAUUCAAAGUUGGAGGUUUCGGAUUCGCGUUUCCCAAGGAGUAUGAUCGUCUUUCGGAAGCAAACGAGGCAUUAAUGAACGUAGCAGAGAGUGGGAGACUUAAAGAACUUGAGGAAGUCCAUAUUAUAUCCGAAAAGUGUAUUGAUGAAGACUCUGCUCCUAAUGAAGAAGACAGUCUUAGUGCUCGCAGUUUUUGGGUGCUAUUUGUGUUAACUGUAGGGGUGUCCACGGUUGCUCUUGUGAUUUACAUCAUCAUUAGAAUUAAAGAAGUUAAAAAAUCUGAUGAAGAAAACAAAGGUUUUUUGGAACUUAUAUCCACAUUUUUUAAGGAUUUGAAACGUCAAAUGAAACGAUCAUCGAGCAUAGUUGUUAAUGUGGAAAGUGCUAGACAUGCUUCACACGGUGAUCGAUCGGCUCAAGAUGACAUAGAUGAUAUACAAGAAACAGACGAUGACAGUAUAUUUUAUGAGGUUAGGAUCUAGUUGCAGAUAUGAUCAUAGCUAGGUUCAUUGUUGAUUCUUGGUAAAAAAAAACUUCAAAACUUUGGUAUUUUCCUUGCCUGUAUAGCAAUUUCUGUACAUGGUAUUCUAUAUAUGUAAAUCGAUGUACAUUUUAGAUCUGCAAUAGCAUAUAAAUAAUCGAGUCACUUGCUUGCUGACCA